AAAACCAAGAGCAUUUCCGGUUCAGGUGCAAUAUAACCCGUCCACCAGUCCUCCGCUCACACUGGCUUUCACUCACUCAUGGAGGACACGCUACGUAAUAAUGAGGUGAUCAACCUCACUUCAUUCAGAGGCCAAUACUCUGUCUCUCAAGCACAAAAUGGUGGAGACAACCGUCGGUACACUAUAGAGGAAAACGGUGGUUAUGACCUGAAUGGAGUGACCUCGCGUGGUUCUGCUGUGCUGUCUGGAUAUGAUACACUAGACUCUCCACCUAGUUAUGACUUUUAUGCCAACACAGAGGUUUUUGGGAGAACUAAAAAAUUAAGGCCCUCUCUCUUUCAGCUACACUCCAACAAUGAGGAUGAUAUUUCUCCACCUCCUCUGUAUGAGGAGACGAGUGGUAACAAAGAGAGCCCUGAUGAAGAGCCAGCAGAACCUCCUCCAGAGCCCACUCGCUUUGGAUGGGUACAGGGGGUCAUGGUUCGUUGUAUGCUCAACAUCUGGGGAGUGAUUCUGUACCUGAGGCUUCCCUGGAUCACAUCUCAAGCUGGAAUUGGUUUGACUUGGAUUAUUAUCCUGCUUUCCUCCUGCAUCACUGGGAUCACUGGCCUCUCUACUUCUGCCAUCGCUACCAAUGGCAAAGUCAAAGGAGGUGGCACUUAUUUCCUGAUCUCACGCAGUUUGGGUCCAGAGCUAGGAGGUUCCAUUGGACUGAUCUUUGCAUUCGCUAAUGCAGUGGCUGUAGCUAUGCACACCGUAGGCUUUGCUGAGACUGUACAAGCACUAAUGCAGGAGAAUGGUACAAGCAUGGUAGACCCCCUUAAUGACAUCCGCAUCAUUGGUGUAAUCACUGUCACCUGUCUGCUAGCAAUUUCUUUAGCUGGUAUGGAGUGGGAGUCUAAGGCGCAGGUUUUGUUCUUCUUCGUUAUCAUGGUUUCCUUCGCAAACUACAUUGUCGGUACCAUCAUCCCUGCCACUCCUCAGAAGCAAGCUAAAGGCUUCUUCAGCUACAGAGCGGAUAUUUUUGCAGAAAACUUUGUGCCCAGCUGGCGUGGGCCAGGAGGCAGCUUCUUUGGCAUGUUCUCCAUCUUCUUUCCCUCAGCCACAGGCAUUCUUGCAGGAGCCAAUAUCUCUGGAGACCUGAAGGACCCCAAUGUGGCUAUACCCCGUGGCACAAUGCUAGCCAUUUUCUGGACCACCAUAUCUUAUCUCAUCAUCUCUGCUACAAUUGGCUCAUGUGUAGUGCGUGAUGCUUCUGGUAAUCUCAAUGACACUCUUCUAAUCACUGGGUCUGAUGUUGUGGACUGCAUGGGGACUGCCUGUAAAUACGGCUGGAACUUCAGCGACUGCAUUACCAACAAGACCUGCACUUAUGGCCUUAGCAAUUAUUACCAGACUAUGAGUAUGGUGUCUGGAUUUGCACCCCUGAUUGCAGCUGGUAUAUUUGGGGCUACUUUGUCCUCAGCUCUGGCUUGCCUGGUUUCAGCCCCCAAAGUAUUUCAGUGUCUUUGCAAGGACAACUUGUAUCCAGGGAUUGGUUUUUUUGGAAAGGGGUAUGGAAAGAACGAUGAGCCGUACAGAAGCUACCUCUUAACCUAUAUCAUUGCUGUAUGCUUCAUUCUCAUUGCUGAGCUGAACACUAUUGCUCCUAUCAUCUCCAACUUUUUCCUGUGCUCCUAUGCCCUCAUCAACUUCAGCUGUUUCCAUGCCUCCAUCACCAACUCUCCAGGUUGGCGUCCGUCAUUUCGGUUCUACAGUAAGUGGGCGUCUCUGGUGGGUGCUGUGGUGUCAGUGGUCAUCAUGUUCUUGCUCACCUGGUGGGCUGCUCUCAUUGCCAUUGGGAUAGUGCUCUUCCUAUUGGGAUAUGUGCUCUACAAGAAGCCCUCUGUAAAUUGGGGUUCCUCCGUGCAAGCAGGCUCAUAUAACCUGGCACUGUCCCACUGUGUGGGUCUCAACCAUGUGGAUGAGCACAUAAAGAAUUAUAGGCCACAGUGUCUGGUUCUUACUGGGCCUCCCAGUUUGCGGCCAGCUCUGGUGGACUUUGUAGGUACCUUCACCAAAAACCAGAGUCUGAUGAUGUGUGGGAAUGUCAUUAUAGGAGGCCCAUCACCCGACGCUGUGGAUACCGCCAACAGCAGCAGUCAUGUGAAAUGGCUCAACAAGCGAGGCAUCAAAUCUUUCUAUCAUGGAGUAGUUGCUGGUGACCUGCGCACUGGAGCACAGAUGUUGCUGCAGGGUGCAGGUCUGGGUCGGAUUCGACCUAAUGUCUUGGUAAUGGGAUUUAAGAAGAACUGGCGCAAAUGUCCACCAACUAUUAUUGAUAAUUACAUAGGCAUUUUACAUGAUUCAUUUGACCUGCAAUAUGGUGUAUGUGUCCUUCGGAUGAAAGAAGGUCUUGAUUUAUCUCAUCAGAUGCAAGCACAUGUAAACCAAGGAUUUGAAGCAGCUGCAGAGCCAGGGCUUGAUGCAAGACCUACUAUCAACACACUGGACCCAGAAUCACUGCUGGCUAUGCCUCAACCCACCACUGUCUUUCAGUCCAAACAGGAAAAGAAGACCAUUGAUGUGUAUUGGCUGUUUGAUGAUGGAGGUCUGACUCUAUUGUUGCCCUACCUUCUGAAGCGCAAGAAGCGCUGGGGCAGGUGUAAAGUAAGAGUGUUCGUUGGAGGAGAAAUUCAGCAUGUUGAGGAACAAAAACAGGAGCUUACAGCUCUCAUCAGCAAGUUUCGCCUUGGAUUUCAUGAGAUCCAUGUUCUUCCCGACAUCAAUGAGAAACCACAACCUGAACAUGUUAAGAAGUUUGAGGACCUUCUAGCACCUUAUAGGGUACAUGCUAUCCAAAAGAAUGAGGAAAGAGCUGGGCAGCCCACCAGUGACUGCCCAUGGAUAGUGUCUGAUGAAGAGAUGGAGAAAAAUACAGCAAAGUCCUUUAGACAGAUCCGCCUUAAUGAAGUCCUACAAGACUAUUCAAGGGAUGCAGCUUUGAUUAUUGUAACCAUGCCCAUAGGCCGGAGAGGAGCAUGUCCUAGUGCUCUUUACAUGGCUUGGCUGGAAACCUUAUCACGUGACCUGCGACCUCCAGUGCUGCUUGUCAGAGGCAACCAGGAGAGUGUACUCACCUUCUAUUGCCAGUGAUCAAACACCAAAGAAAGAUUAUCAGCAUGAGCUAUGAAGUGUAUGGCACCUGUGCCCUUCAAUCCUAGAAAGGUGUAAAAUAAGACUUAGUAUGCAUGUAGCACUUGAAUCUAGCCUUGGAUUUUUGAGUUAACAUGUUUGUCAUUCUAUGACUGAUUCAUGUAAAGUCUGUUUGAGCCGUAUAGUUUUGUUUAGAACUUUAUUAUCUGUAACAUUUUUUGAACUUACUGUCUUUAACUAUACUUAUGUUUUGUAAAAUGUUAAUCAAUGCAAACAGAUUAAAGGUAGCCUAUCUCCUAGGUUAGUUUUAACUAUUUCCUUUAACUAAUUUCCCUGCUGAAAAAUCCAGCUUGGUCUGACCAGCUACCAGCAGCUAAAACACAGGUCGAGCUGGUCAAGCUGGCAGAUCAGGUUAGCCAGCUGGCAAGGAAACAGUUUCUGAAUUACCACUACUAAUGCUACAGCAUAGACAAGUUAUUUUUAAGAAAAUAACACAACAGUAGGUGGCACAGUGUUACCCAGGUAGCAUUGCAACCUCACAGGUUUGAUUGUGAGUUUGAGUUACUGUCUGUGUGGAGUUUUGCAUGUUCUUCUUGUGUCUGCAUGGGUUUAUUCCAUGUUCUCCAGUUUCCUCCCACCUCCCAAAAACAUUCCAUGUGGACUGGCUACUCUAAAUUGCCCCUAGGUGUGUGAAUGUUUGUGUGCAUGAAUCCCUACGAUGGCACCUCACCCAAUAUUCUUAGGAUAGUCUCCAAAUCCACUGUGACCCUAACCAGGGAAAACAAUUAAUUAAAGGAUGAAUUAACUAAUGAGUGAAUAGUGGUCCUUAGGGUCCAAUUAUGUAUCUUAAAUCAUUUUUAAAGGUACAUGGUACAAAAGAUACAAAAGAUACAAAAAGUACCCUUGAUGGUGCCACCUGAGUGACAAGGAAAACAGGUGAUACCAUUAUUAUUGAGAGUGUAGAAAGACAUUAAAGUGUAGUGUACAGUGCAGAGCCCUUUCAGAAUAGGGAAACACUUUCAGUGUCCUACCUCCUUGUGCUUGAUGAGAUGAUACAGUAUAAGUGUGAAGUGUACGAUGCAUGAUGAACGGUGCCCUAUGAAGGACUGGCACCCCAUCCAGAAGAGUGUAUUCCUGCUGUGGAUCCACAGCGACCCUGACCAGGAUAAAAGAGUUACUGAAGAUGAAUGACUGAAUGAAUGAAUGAAAACAACAGUAUGGCAAUUAGAAAAUCUCACAUUUUCUUGAUCAGUUGGAAAACCUAGCAGCUGGCAUUGAUGAUCUAUCAGCUUGAGCAGCUCAGCUGGUAGUUGGUCAGAUCAUGCUGGAUUUUUCUCAAGGGUUAAGCAUCAUUCUUUUUCCCACAGCUAAUAACUAAACUGAUUAUGUAACCAGACUUUCUGCUGAUUGAGAUUAUAUAAACAUGUCAUUAUUUAAGUCUAUCAGUCUUAUUGAGUAAUGUUUAUUGUUAUUUUUUAAUUAUAACUAAAUAAACGGAUAAGUUGA